GAGCUGGAUCAGAAGUGGAGCAGCCCGGCCUCGAACUGGUGCUCCUAUGGGAUGCCGGAAUUGCAGGCAGUGGCUUACCUACUACGCCACAACACCGGCCCCAAUAAGGAUUCCUUUUUAAGAGUUACUUCAUUUUAGCAAAAAGAGUUAGACAGUGAGGGAGAGAGACACAGAGAAAGGUCUUCCUUCCGUUGGUUCACCCCGCAAAUGGCCGCUAAGGCCGGAGCUACGCUGAUCCGAAGCCAGGAGCCAGAUUCUUGGGAAACCAAUAUGAGGCACAAUCAGAUGUGUUGUGAGACACCACCUACUGUAACUAUUCAUGUAAAAUCAGGACCAAGUAGAUCACAUCAACCCAAAAAAUCCAUGAAUCUGAAGCGUCCUAUUUUUAAAGAUAGUUGGCAAGCAUCUGAAAAAAAUGCACAUAAUAGCAACAAAUCUAAACGCCCCAAAGGUCCUUGCCUAGUUAUACGGCGUCAGGAAAUGACUGCUUUCUUUAAAUUAUUUGAUGACGAUUUAAUUCAAGAUUUCUUGUGGAUGGACUGCUGCUGUAAAAUUGCAGACAAGUAUCUUUUGGCUAUGACCUUUGUUUAUUUCAAGAGGGCUAAAUUUGCUAUAAAUGAACAUACCAGGAUAAAUUUCUUUAUUGCUUUGUACCUGGCUAACACAGUUGAAGAAGAUGAAGAAGAGUCCAAGUAUGAAAUUUUUCCCUGGGCUUUAGGGAAAAACUGGAGAAAAUUGUUCCCAAAUUUCUUAAAGUUAAGGGACCAGCUCUGGGAUAGAAUUGACUAUAGGGCUAUUGUAAGCAGGCGAUGCUGUGAGGAGGUUAUGGCCAUUGCACCAACCCAUUAUAUCUGGCAACGAGAACGUUCUGUGCAUCACAGUGGAGCUGUCAGAAACUACAACAGAGAUGAAGUUCAACUGCCCAGGGGACCUAGUGCCACGCCAGUAGAUUGUUCACUGUGUGGUAAAAAAGGAAGAUACGUUAGACUAGGAUUGUCUUCAACAUCAUCUUCAUCCAGUGAUACAGUCGAGAUGGAGAAACAUUCUCAGGAAUCACAUAACUCAUUAUCAAUGAGUAUAACAGCUGAUCCUUCUCAAGCAUAUAACUAUUCUCAAGCCAAUGACCAUCCAUCAAACAAAGGAAAUGAAACCAAUUUCAUGAAGGAAGACAAAUCCAUGCAAUGGUUUACAGGAAGUGAAGAAUGAGGUAGCUCAACUAAGGCAACUUGGAAUCACUAACUACAAAAUGUCAAACUAACUACAAGACAAGUGUCAAAAAGGGACAUUUAGAGCAGUUUUGAAGUAUUACACAUCUUUCUUUAGCUUUUGUUAUUUUUCAAAAUUAUAUGUAAAAGUUAUACAAAUCAUAGUAAUAGUAAAAAUACUAAUCUAUGAAAGUAGUGAUUUGCAAAUAAAGUUCUAUUUCAUUACGUUUCCAUCUUCAAAUCAGUUGCUGUCUUCUGGGUACUCAGAUAAGCUGUGGUUUGAACAUCCUUAACUUGACAAAAAAAGCUAAUUUUUUUUUCUCUUUUAUUUUUUUGAGAAGCAGUUACAGACAGAGAGAGGGCUUUAGUCUUCCAUCCACUGGUUCACUCCCCAAAUGGCCACAAUGGCUGGAGGUGGGCCCAUCUGAAGCCAGGAGCCAGGAGCUUCUUCUGGGUCUCCCACGUGGGUGCAGGGGCCCAAGACUUGGGCCAUCUUCUAUUGCCUUUGCCAGGCCAUACCAGGGAGCUGGAUCAGAAGCAGAGCAGCUGGGACUCAAACCAGCACCCAUAUGGGAUGCCAGCGCUGCAGGUGGAGGCUAAACCUACAGUGCCUGCCUAAAGAAAAGCUAAUUUAAUGAAGGAAAAAAUAAAGUUGUUACAUUGAUUAGAAAACACCAUUUGAUAUGGCUCAAAACAUUACUUACCUGUGUGACCAGUUUACCAGUGAAGAAGUCUAGCCAUAUAGAGAAAUGAUACAUAUGGAAAAUCAGAAUAUGAUUCUUCUAUUUAGAACAAAAUAUG